AUGCUAAGCUCUGGUCGCACCCCUUUCUUGGGCGCCUCUCUCAGGGAGGAGUACGAGCAAGCCGGCUUCGUCGACAUUCAUCAACGCAUCUUCAAAAUACCCACUAACGGGUGGCCCAAGGAUGAACGGCUCAAGGAGUUGGGCCGAGCGUGGGAGAGCAACUUUCUGCAGGGGAUGAGCGGCUUCUCCCUCCAGCUCCUCAACAAGACGUAUAACCGAACUCCCGAAGAGAUCGAGGUGUCCUUGGUCGAGAUUCGACGUGAAAUAUGCAAUCCACGCAUACACGCCUAUAUGCCCGUUUUCGUUGUGUGGGGGAGGAAGCCAUUUCCAUGGGAAAGGCAGAUUCCUGUCGAGUCUCCCGCAGCAAAGUAG